UUGCUGAAAUAGCAUUGAAGCGGAGUGAAACGAAACUGGGAAGUCUGUGGCUUGUGAACAUGCUGAACAUAUGAAAAUUAGUUCUUCUCCCUUCUCUUCAGUCAGAAGGACUUAAACUCAGCUCAGGCACUCCCUACAGAGAACUGGACUGGCUUGUCUGACCACUCUACCAUAAAGGCAUUCUCUCUAUUCACUCUACCAUAAAGACAUACAGAUAUCAACACACCUCAACCUCCUGUGACUGAACAUCCAGUUCUCUACAUAGAGUGUCUCAACUUCAAGGACAUGGACAUGGAUUCCAGUAGAAGAAGCGACUGGAAAUCAAAACUAGGGAGCUGCAGGUCAGAGGAGGGCUCUGAGACCUGAGUCAGCACUACACAGCUGUGUAACCAUGGAGACCAACGAGGACAUGGAUAAUACUGUUAGCAUGAAAUCAACACAGACCAAGGCAGGACCACAGACACACAGACCUCCAUCUCCAGUGCCCAGCUGUGUGUCCAUGAGGAGUGAUAAGUCCAUGUCUGAUCCUCUUAACUUCAGCAGUGGACCAGUCACAUUAGGACUAAAACCACAGACACACAGACCUCCAUCUCCAGUGCCCAGCUGUGUGUCCAUGAAGAGUGAUAAGUCCAUGUCUGAUCCUCUUAACUUCAGCAGUGGACCAGUCCCAAUAGGACUAAAACCACAGACACACAGACCUCCAUCUCCAGUGCCCAGCUGUGUGUCCAUGAGGAGUGAUAAGUCCAUGUCUGAUCCUCCUAACUUCAGCAGUGGACCAGUCCCAUCAGGACUAAAACCACAGACACACAGACCUCCAUCUCCAGUGUUUCAGUUGUGUGUCCAUGAGGGAGGAUAA